CCAGUCAAAACAAAGCGGGGCCCGGGGAGUCCGCCACCGCCUUGUGACAAACAGCAACUAUGCUGUGAAACCACCGAGACUCUGCAUUCUGUUGCAUCCUGAAAUUGAAACCAGAGCCGGCGGCGGCCGCCGCUCUCGUGCUCUCGUGCUCGCGCUGCGUCCCCGUUGCAGCCGAGAGAAAGUGGCUCCUAUUUUUAGUCCCAUGCUCGAUGGAGGGAUGGAAAGGCAAACAGACGGUCGCUGCACGCGCAACGCCGAGAGUCGGCGCGAGAGAGAGACAGAGAGAGAGAGAGAGGGUGGCAGGGAAAGGGAGGAAGGCGGAGUGACUUAUUUGUGAAGUUCUGCAAGUUUAGAUCACUGCCUCACUGCUGUCUGAGGAAGACGCCGGACCAGACUGAGGGCAAAGUUUCACUUGCCACCUAAAAAAGAAGCUCCAUCUUGACUCUUUUAGCACUACUUUGACACAUUGGCAAGACAGUUUUCCUGUGCACGCUUUGGUUGUUAUGCGUCUUUGACUUCUUGAUGGAGCUGGAGCUGUGAAAAAGGGGCUUACGGGAAGGAUUGCCCCACGAUGGAAUGUUGCAGAUUUACGUACGGGGUUGCAGGAAGCUUUUCUUCCCCCUCUUGGGUUCAAAGCCACAGACACGGAUGCACAUUAGACAUGGUGUGCUCUUCUUAUUCUCUCCCCCAGAGACUUUAAACAUCAAACGGGACACCGGCCCAUUUCAAUCCUCCCUCGUUUGCACCUACACUCUAUCCAGAAGAAAAGGAAUUCAGCCAUGCGACGCUUUGACAAGCUGAAAAAGACAUUCCCUUUCCUGGCACACUUCCACUUAUAUCGACGGCUGAGCAGCAGCAUGCAGAGUGAGGAGGGCACCGAGUGGCUGCUGGAGCUGCUCAUGGAGGUGCAGCUGCAGCAGUACUUCCUGCGCAUCCGAGACGACCUCAACGUCACGCGCCUGUCGCACUUUGACUACGUCAAGAACGAAGACCUGGAGAAGAUCGGCAUGGGGCGACCCGGGCAGAGACGGCUGUGGGAGACGGUGAAGCGGAGGAAGGCCAUGUGCAAGCGCAAGUCCUGGAUGAGCAAGGUGUUUAGUGGGAAGCGUCCAGAUGGAGAAUUCCCUCAGCAGGGACAGCCGGCCUCCUCCUUCCGUAAGCUGUCCCCCCCGCCCGCCCUGUGCCUGGGGGAGGGGGUGCUGUGCACGCAGUCGGGCGGGGCUCCCCUGGACGGCCAGCAGCAGCAGCAGGCCCUGACCUGCCUCAUCCCGGAGAAGGACCUGACGCUGUUCCAGAAGCUCGGGGACGGAUCCUUCGGGGUGGUGAAGAGGGGAGAGUGGCUGACGCCCACGGGGAAGCUGCUGAACGUGGCGGUGAAGUGCCUGAAGACGGAUGUGCUGAGUCACCCUGAUGCUCUGGAGGAUUUCAUCUGCGAGGUGAACGCCAUGCACUCCCUGGACCACCAGAACCUCAUCCGCCUCUACGGCGUGGUGCUCACCCACCCCAUGAAGAUGGUGACGGAGCUGGCUCCUCUGGGGUCCCUGCUGGAGCGUCUGCGCUGCGUCCGUGCUCAGGGCCCCGUGCUCAUCCACACCCUCUGCCAGUACGCCGUGCAGGUGUCCUGUGGCAUGGCUUAUCUGGAGCAGAGGAGGUUCAUCCACCGGGACCUGGCAGCCAGGAACAUCCUGCUGGCCUCGGCUCACCGGGUGAAGAUCGGGGACUUCGGCCUGAUGAGGGCGCUGCCCAACGACCACGAGCACUACGUCAUGCAGGAGCACCGCAAGGUCCCCUUCGCAUGGUGUGCCCCAGAGAGCCUGAAGACCAGAACGUUCUCCCACGCCACAGACACGUGGAUGUUUGGAGUGACUCUCUGGGAGAUGUUCACGCACGGCCAGGAGCCGUGGCUGGGCCUGAACGGGAGCCAGAUUCUGCACAAGAUCGAUAAAGAAGGCGAACGCCUGCCUAAGCCGGAGGACUGUCCGCAAGAUCUCUACAACGUCAUGCUGCAGUGCUGGGCUCAGAAAGCGGACGACAGGCCCACGUUUGUGGCCCUGCGGGAGUUCCUGCUGGAGACGAUGCCCACGGACAUGUGUGCCCUGCAGGACUUUGAAGAGCCCGAUAAACUCCAAAUACAGAUCAAUGAUGUCAUCACCAUUAUAGAGGGGAGGGCAGAGAACUACUGGUGGCGAGGGCAGAACAAACGCACCCUGAAGGUGGGCCAGUUCCCCAGGAACGUGGUGACGUCGGUGGCGGGGCUGUCGGCCCACGACAUCAGCAGGCCGCUGAAGAACAGCUUCAUCCACACGGGGCACGGAGACACGGACCCCCAUCGCUGCUGGGGCUUCCCCGACCGCAUCGACGAUUUGUAUCUCGGGAACCCCAUGGACCCUCCGGAUGUUCUGGAUUUCGACCUCAAUGGCGCCCGGGCCACGCAGCUGCCAGGACGGACUAAAAAACCGUCCUAUGAUCCGGUCAACGAGGAAGAAGACCUGACGUCAGCAGCUCUGAAGAGACUAUCGCUCAGGAAAACCGGUUCCCUCAAAGGGCUGAAGCUGAAGCCGGCAGCGUGGGUGUCGGCCUCCAGACAGGGGCCCUGCAGGACCCCGGGGACCCCGGGGACUCCGGGGACGCCGGGGUCCGCCCCCCACCCCGAGGUGUCCCUCAUCGACUUUGAGGAGGAGUUCUCUCCCUCCACGCCCUUCCCCUCUCCUGUGAUUGAGAUCCCCAUCCCCACGCUGGCCCGGCUGGCCCUGGAGGCGGAGAACCUCCUGGACAGAACUCCCCCCCAGAGCCCGUGCAGGUCCCUGCCCCGGCCGCUGCACCCCACCCCCGUGGUGGACUGGGACGCCCGGCCGCUGCCCCCGCCCCCCGCCUACGACGACGUGGCCCAGGACGAGGACGAUAUGGAGGUCAGCUCCAUCACCAGCUUUGAGCAGCAGCACCCGGAGGAGCUGGAAACGGUCCCCAGCUACGACGGAGGAGUUUCUCCCGGCCUGCCGGUGGACGGGGAGUCUCUGGACCUGCGGGGCUCACACAGACCCGGACUAGAGGACAACCUCUUCCUCCCCGGCAGGCAGAGCCAGGGCCCGUCCUCCUCCUUCUCCCAGUCCGCAGAGAUCUUCCAGGAACUCCAGCAGGAGUGCAUGAGGAGGCUGAACGUCCCCACCGGCGCGGCUCUAUCCUCCUCGCCGUCGCAAACGCCGGCUUUUUACUUUCAAAACACCGAGGACAGACCUCAGAUCCCCCCCCGGGUCCCCAUCCCCCCCCGGCCCGUAAAGAGGGGGGACUACACCUCCGCCCGCUGGUCCAGGGACCUCUCCCUUUCCCCCACGGACCUGGCGGAGGAGGUUCCGGGUCCCCGGCCCCCUCAGAUCCCCCCCAGGGAGCCCCUGUCCCAGCCGGGCUCCCGGACCCCCAGCCCCAUGUGUGUGGCGGCGGGCUCCCCCCAGACCAGGCUGUACUCCUCCAGCCCCUCGGCCUACACCUCCUACCUCUCCACCUCCCCGGGGAAGCCCAUGCCCACCACGCACAGCUUCGCCUCCGACCCCAAAUACGCCGCCCCCAAAGUGAUCCAGGCGCAGGGCCGGGACGGCCCCGGCAAGGGCCCCUGCAUCCUGCCCAUCGUCCGCGACGGCCGCAAAGUCAGCAACACCCACUACUACCUGCUGCCGGAGCGGCCCCCCUACCUCGACCGGUUCCACCGCUUCCUGAAGGAGGCGGAGGGCGCGCCCGGCGGGGAGGCACGGCCGGCCAACACGGCCACGGUCAGGCCCAUGGUGGUCGCCGCUCCGCAGGGGCAGGGGGAACCCCCGCAGCAGCUGGGGGAGCUGAGGGCCAACUUCUCCUCCAAUAACAACAGUGUGGGCGGGGGCCCGUGGGCGGGGAUGAAGAGCUCCGUCAGCCUCCCCCGCGUGUGUCCCGACGCGUUAACGGCCCCGGCCGUCGCAGCGUCCAGCCCCACGGAGGCCGGGACCAGCUCCCUGCACAGGGUCAAAAUGGUGCAGGAGGGCGUGCACGGCGUCACGUUAGAGGAGUGCCAGGCCGCCCUGCAGAACCACGACUGGAGCGUCCACAAAGCCAUCCACUAUCUCAAGGUGGAGCAGUUGUUCUGCUUGGGUCUGAGGAGCAGGCCAGAUUGUCUAAAGCUGCUGGAGAUGUGUGACUGGAACCUGGAGAUGGCCAGCAUUCAGAUGUUAGAUAACUAUGGAUCCGUAACGAGACACAGACGGUGACGGAGACGUGGAGCUGCUGAGCUCCAGCUGGAACGUCGUCCUCAGUGACCCGUCACACGGUGCCAGGUGUAACGCUCGCCUCCGUCGGGCGGCUUUGCUCUGAAAAUGGAAACAUUUGUUUUUUUUUUGUUUUUUUUUAAUUGUUUCACCUGGAAGGAAACUUCCCCGCCAUCCGGCAGCCUGAGCUCGCCGUCCGGCUCUGUGCGCUCAGGACUUUCUCUGUGCAACACGUCAGAUCCUCACUGCCGCGGAACAACGCUGACGCCUGACUGGAGGGAGAUUAAACAGAGCUUUUAUUUUGGAGAGACAUUAAUAAGCCCUGGAGCACAGGGAUCGUGAAGAAGAGGAAAUGGCAGCACAAUAUACACAUGAGCACUUUCUUAGAAAUAAAAAAUCCCACUGCCGGGAUGUUAACGUGUUGAACAAAGACAGACUGAAGUUACUCAGAAACAGAAAGUGGAAAGUGUCUGAAAGGCAGCGCUGAACUUGGAUUGGGUUAAAGGUCAAAGGUCAACCUGGCAGGCAGCUUCAUCACCACUUACAGGAGAUCUUACCGGACCCGCCGCGUUCAAGGACAACACCACACAUCCGAUUGGCUUUUAAGGCUGCGGUGUUACAUUGGAAAUAAUUUUUGCCCGUCCUAAGUCUCUGAAGGUUACCUGCUGCUAAAAGCCUGUUUUCAGGAGAAAAGUGCAGAAAAUAAAGAGUUUAAAAAAAGAACGACUUACUGAAUUCAUGGUUUGUUUGGUACGGAAGAGUAUUAGGGCCAUGUAGGAGAAAAAAUAUUUGAGAGGGGAAGAUUUUUUUUAUUGUGCACUUCAAGAAAAAAGUCGAAAUGUCGUGAAUAAAGUCGAAAUGUGGAGAUUAAUGUUGAAAUAAAAUUUCAAGAAUAAAGUCGAAAUUUCGUGAAUAAAGUCGAAAUUUCAACUUUAUUCACGAAAUUUUGAC